UUGCAAAGGUCAUUUAUUUGAUGAUAUCUGAGGUUUUGGGUUCUGAGGUUUCCAUAAAAAAAAAUUUAAAUGGAGUAAUCUUUGCCUAUUCGGAUCACAAUUCCUUAAGAAAGAAGAUGCAACAUCAUGAAUUCCUUUAGAACAAAGUAUGAUAAUCACACUCCUAAAGAAAAUUUCUGACAUUUAUCCACGUUUCCCAAAGUUCUGUUCUAGAAGCUUCAAGAUAUUUGCCACCAUUCAAUCGAUCACAUUUUCAAGAUGCAGUUUCCAGUUUAAACCAAUGACUGCGGAUUAUUUCAUAGCAGUUCCUUACUAUGUGAAUAAAAAACGAAGUUUAUUUACUAUAAAGAAGCUUCAAGACAAGCAAGAAAGUCAAACUAUGGAGAGCCGUUUCAGUGUAACAGAAAAUGUCACAGCAGGAAAAACUACUUGGAAUCUGUGAGAUAAUUCACAAUAUCCAAAAAUUCACUUAUUUGAAUUGACCUUUCCGGAAAGUUAUGUUUAGUCUGGGAUGAAAUCUUUAAAGUAUAUCAAUUCUUAAAUCUUCAUUCGACGUAUUUCAUUCUGCCAUAUUUCCAAGAAUUAAUUUGAAUUUUUGGAGAUAGUUUGCAUUUGAACCCAAUUGUUCGAAGCAAGUAAGGAAAGUGCGAAUAGGAUAAUAGAUUACAAGAAGAUAGAUAGAUAGAUGUCAAGAAUAGAUAUCAAGAAGUUAUUUGAUUAUUGAAAAGAUCACAUUAAAUUUCGAUUACAGUCCAUUAAUUAAUAUUUUAAAAAGAUUUUUUAAGAUAAUUAGCCUAAAAAUAUUUUUCGAACGAAACAGCAAAUAAAAUGAAAAAAUACCAUUUAAAAAAUUUGUGAUAUUAAGAAAGAAGUUGUGUAUUCAGAAGCAGUGCCGAUAUCCGUAGUUUUAUACGGCAAUUAGAAUAAAACAUUGUGAAAAGUCCUAUUUUUACUAUGAAAACUCCGUUAAUAAAGCCGUUGUUAAAAGAUGGAAGGACACGCAUGGCGUUCAGGGCGAAAUAUUGGCUAGUAGCUGUUUGUACUGUUGUCUGUCUGACUGUCUUAUUAGUAUAUCGCUUCAUACUAACAGAAGAUGCUAUCGAUAUGGCAUUCCAUUAUGGUACUUCCAAUAUCAAAUGCGGGGCAAAUACAAAACUUUUGGAAACUAUCGAUCGCAUCGAGUGUAUCGAAGAAAACCCCAUCUUCUUCUUGGAAACUUCUAAUUCUCCACGAAUCUCAGCUCGUGGUUCUUGUGCUGUCGAGUCGGCUGCUAAACACCACCCCGAUCGACAGGUGAGGGUCCUCUUUUCUUCCCCGACAGUACUUGACUUGACAGAUCCUUUUAUGAAGUCCCUAACACAGCUGAGCAACGUCCAGCUGCUCAGAAUGGAUAUGGCUCUCCUGGUGGAAGACACUCCUCUCUGGCAUUGGUAUAAGAAAGGGAAGUGGAAGUCCAGCCCUUUCAGGACUGUACAUGUGAGUGACGCUCUUCGUCUGAGCAUUAUAUGGAAGUACGGUGGUAUAUACUUAGACACUGACGUCGUGGUACUUCGAUCUCUCUCCCACCUUCACAACACCACCACCACAGACAAUGGUAAGAAUCUCGGAUCUGCCUUCCUCGCCUUCGAACCCUAUCACCCUCUACUACAAGCCACCAUUACAGACUUUGCUACAUCCUACACCCCCUCCGAUUUCGCCAGUAAUGGACCUGUCCUACUGAACAAGCAUUUCAAGCAGCGCUGCCAUGUAGAGCUAGUCGAUGAGCUCUAUAAAGGGGGUGAAAACACCUGCGACGUGGAUGUUCUCCCCUACAAAUCAACUUAUCCCAUCGAUUACAAAGACUGGCGGGAAUAUUUUAAGCCCCAAGAGACGCUGAAUGAAACAGCAUUCGAUUCCUGCUUUAUAAUUCACGUGUGGAACUAUCUCAGUCAUGGAGGAAUGCUAGUAGUUGGACAAAACAGCUUGUACGAAGUUGUGAUGAAAAGACAUUGCCCGAAAGUGUAUGAGUUGAUAAAAAAAGUUGGCUUCGCUUGAGAAUAAGAUGGAGCUUCACGUGGUUCCUAUAUUAUUUUUUCAAUAUUUUGAUGUAUUUAUUGUAUUUUAGUUUGGUUAAAAUACAUUUUACAAAUGAAUUUUCCAAUGCUGCUUGUGUAUGUAAAAUGUUGGUUUUCUGUGUCAUAUAUUUAAUAUGAGAUUCGGAAAAAAGUACUUGAUUUUUUUUAAUUUAUAAAACUUGCAAAUAUUUCAGAUAAAUUGUAAAUUUU